AUGGGGUAUAAUCAAUGGGGCCCUGGGGCGAUACAGAAAAUGAUUGCAAUACAGAAAAGGAUUGCACUGCUUGAACUGUACAUUGGAUUCCCAUAUUUCAAGGCUGAGCCACAAAGUGGUGCAUUUUUGAUAAAUCAGGCUGAGCCACAAAGUGGUGCAUUUUUGAUAAAUCAGGGUGAGCCACAAAGUGGUGCAUAUUUGAUAAAUCAGAGUGAGCCACAAAGUAGGGAAUAUUUGAUAAAUCAGAGUGAGCCACAAAGUGGGGCAUAUUUGAUAAAUCAGGGUGAGCCACAAAGUGGGGCAUAUUUGAUAAAUCAGAGUGAGCCACAAAGUGGGGCAUAUUUGAUAAAUCAGAGUGAGAAACAAGGUGGUACAUAUUUGAUAAAUCAGAGUGAGCCACAAAGUGGGGCAUAUUUGAUAAAUCAGAGUGAGAAACAAGGUGGUACAUAUUUGAUAAAUCAGAGUGAGCCACAAAGUAGGGAAUAUUUGAUAAAUCAGAGUGAGCCACAAAGUAGGGUAUAUUUGAUAAAUCAGAGUGAGCCACAAAGUGGUGCAUUUUUGAUAAAUCAGGCUGAGCCACAAAGUGGUGCAUAUUUGAUAAAUCAGAGUGAGCCACAAAGUAGGGUAUAUUUGAUAAAUCAGAGUGAGCCACAAAGUGGUGCAUUUUUGAUAAAUCAGGCUGAGCCACAAAGUGGUGCAUAUUUGAUAAAUCAGAGUGAGCCACAAAGUAGGGAAUAUUUGAUAAAUCAGAGUGAGCCACAAAGUGGGGCAUAUUUGAUAAAUCAGGGUGAGCCACAAAGUGGUGCAUAUUUGAUAAAUCAGAGUGAGCCACAAAGUGGGGCAUAUUUGAUAAAUCAGAGUGAGAAACAAGGUGGUACAUAUUUGAUAAAUCAGAGUGAGCCACAAAGUGGGGCAUAUUUGAUAAAUCAGAGUGAGAAACAAGGUGGUACAUAUUUGAUAAAUCAGAGUGAGCCACAAAGUAGGGAAUAUUUGAUAAAUCAGAGUGAGCCACAAAGUGGUGCAUAUUUGAUAAAUCAGAGUGAGCCACAAAGUGGGGCAUAUUUGAUAAAUCAGAGUGAGAAACAAGGUGGUACAUAUUUGAUAAAUCAGAGUGAGCAACACGGUGUGGCAUAUUUGAUAAAUCAGAGUGAGCCACAAAGUGGGGCAUAUUUGAUAAAUCAGAGUGAGCCACAAGGUGGGGCAUAUUUGAUAAAUCAGAGUGAGCCACAAAGAGGGGCAUAUUUGAUAAAUCAGGGUGGUACAUAUUUGAUAAAUCAGAGUGAGCAACACGGUGGUACAUAUUUGAUAAAUCAGAGUGAGCCACAAAGUGGUGCAUAUUUGAUAAAUCAGAGUAAGCCACAAAGUGGUGCAUAUUUGAUAAAUCAGAGUGAGCCACAAAGUAGGGAAUAUUUGAUAAAUCAGAGUGAGCCACAAAGUGGGGCAUAUUUGAUAAAUCAGAGUGAGCCACAAAGUGGGGCAUAUUUGAUAAAUCAGAGUAAGCCACAAAGUGGUGCAUAUUUGAUAAAUCAGAGUGAGCCACAAAGUAGGGAAUAUUUGAUAAAUCAGAGUGAGCCACAAAGUGGGGCAUAUUUGAUAAAUCAGAGUGAGCCACAAAGUGGUACAUAUUUGAUAAAUCAGAGUGAGCCACAAAGUGGGGCAUAUUUGAUAAAUCAGAGUGAGCCACAAAGUGGUACAUAUUUGAUAAAUCAGGGAGAGUCACAAGGUGGUGCAUAUUUGAUAAAUGAGAGUGAACCACAAAGUGGUACAUAUUUGAUAAAUCAGGGAGAGUCACAAGGUGGUGCAUAUUUGAUAAAUGAGAGUGAGCCACAAAGUGGUGCAUAUUUGAUAAAUCAGAGUGAGCCACAAAGUGGUACAUAUUUGAUAAAUCAGGGAGAGUCACAAGGUGGUGCAUAUUUGAUAAAUCAGAGUGAGUCACAAAGUGGGGCAUAUUUGAUAAAUCAGAGUAAGCCACAAAGUGGUGCAUAUUUGAUAAAUCAGAGUGAGCCACAAAGUGGGGCAUAUUUGAUAAAUCAGAGUGAGCCACAAAGUGGUGCAUAUUUGAUAAAUCAGGGUGAGCCACAAGGUGGUACAUAUUUGAUAAAUCAGGGUGAGCCACAAAGUGGGGCAUAUUUGAUAAAUCAGAGUGAGCCACAAAGUGGUGCAUAUUUGAUAAAUCAGGGUGAGCCACAAAGUGGUACAUAUUUGAUAAAUCAGGGUGAGCCACAAAGUGGUACAUAUUUGAUAAAUCAGGGCUAUUCUGAUGAUGAUGAUGAUGAUGAUGGUGAUGAUGGCUCAGGAACCAUUCACAGCACAACUUUUCCGAAUGUCGAAGAUAUUUUGGGAGCUACUUUAGUGUUUAUUAAACUACAACAUUUAUAG